AUGUCUGUACUAUUGGGUUAUCCGGAAAGUAAAAAAGCCACACAAGCGGCAAAUAAGAUAUGCGCUGUUUAUGGCGAUGGUGCUAUAGCUGAAAGAACUGUACGGAAGUGGUUUGCUAGAUUUAAAGCUGGUGAUUUCAACCUUGAAGAUCAAGAACGCCCGGGUAGGCCCUCCAUCACAGAUGAAGAUCAAAUUAAAACACUGAUCGAGAAUAACCCACGCUAUACGACACGUAAAUUAGCAGAAAUGUUGAAUAUGUCAAAAUCCACCAUCCACAAGCAUUUUGUGAAGCUUGGCUACAUAAACCGUUUUGAUGUAUUAGUUCCCCACGAUUUAACGGAGAAAAAUCUGAUGGAUCGCAUUUCCAUUUGCGACUCGCUCUAUAAGCGCAACGAGAAGACACCAUUUUUGAAGCAAGUAGUGACGGGGAAUGAAAAAUGGAUCAUUUACAAUAAUGUUGAGCGGAAAAGAUCUUGGGGAAAGCGGAAUGAACCACUUUUAACCACCCCAAAAACCGAUCUUCAUCCAAAGAAGGUCAUGCUCUGUGUCUGGUGGGAUUGGAAAGGGAUCUUGUAUUAUGAACUUUUACCAAACAACGAGAUGAUAAAUUCAGAGAAGUAUUGUUCCCAAUUAGACGAAUUGAAGACAGCAAUUGAACAAAAACGUCCAGAAAUAGCGAAUCAGAAGGGUGUUGUGUUUCAUCAGGACAAUGCGCGGCCUCAUGUGUCUUUGAUAACUCGACAAAAGUUGUUGGAGCUCGGCUAG